UCGUAAAAACGACAGCGUAACCAGGAAGUGGUUCUCCCCCUAGAAACGGAUCGAGAGACCGAGAUGGCGGCGUUCGCAGCAGACCGUUGGCUGAGCGGCUUACCGAAUCAUGACAUUUUCAAGAAAAUACGCGACAAGAUGGACUCGGAACCCAAAGGGAACGAACGGGCGGUGGCUAAAAACCUCACCUUCUGUUUAUGUGGGGACUUCUUCGUGUGGGACGACGUGGACCGCGUGUUUUACACGACGAGCUUGCGCCAGUUGAACGCGGCGGAGGAGCGCGACGGUUACCAGACGCUGCUGUGCAUCAACCCGCCUCGCUUCCCGGUGUGCCAGCUGCUGCUGAGCCCCUCGCACGACCACGUCGCGCUGGUGGGCAGCCGAGGAGUCUCGGUGCUGGAGCUCCCCCAGCGCUGGGGCAAGAGGUCCGAGUUCGAGGGCGGGAGCAACCGCAUCAACUGCAAGACCACGCCGGUGGCCGAGCGCUUCUUCACCAGCUCGCAGUCGGUGAGUCUGCGGCAGGCGGCCUGGUACCCCGGCGACACGGAGGAGCCGCUGCUGGUCCUGCUCACAUCGGACAACACCAUUCGCUUCUACAGCUUGAAGUCUCCCGACUGUCCGGUCAAAGUGGUGCCCGUGUCGCAGUCUGACGACGACAGCAGCGUGCGCCCCCCGGCCCGCUCCUACGCCGCAUCCCUGGGUGAGAUAGCGGUGGGCUUUGACUUUGGCCCGAUGUCUGUGGUCAAAGCGGGGCCCUACCACCCUCUGUACAUCCUCUACGAGAACGGAGAGACUUACCUGUGCUACACCAGUCGGAUGAACGCCGUGAGCGUGAGUAAGCGCGUGGGCCCGCUCCCCAUGUACCCGGCGGCGGAGGACAACUACGGCUACGACGCCUGCGCCAUCCUCUGCCUGCCCUGCGUGCCCAGCAUCCUCGUCAUUGCCACGGAGACGGGCACGCUGUACCACUGCGUCGUGCUGGAGUCGGAGGACGACGACGAGACGCCGAAGUGGGCGCCGGGCGGGGGCGCCGUGCCGGCCCUCUACGUGUUCGAGUGCGUGGAGCUGGAGCUCACCCUCAAGGUGGCCACGGGGGAGGACGACGAGCCCCAGGAUUUGGACUUCACGUGCCCCAUCCGGCUGCACCGGGACCCCUUGUGCCAGCAGCGCUACCACUGCACCCACGAGGCGGGGGUGCACAGCGUGGGCCUCAUCUGGGUCAGCAAGCUGCAGAGUUACCUCCACGCCGGCGACGAGGACAAGAACAGUCUGUCGGAGUUGUCUGCGGAGAGGCGCUGCAUCGUGGAACACAUCGUGUGCACCCGACCGCUCCCCUCCAGCCAGUCCGCUCCCAUCCAAGGCUUCUUAAUCGUGUCCGACCUCUCCCUGGGGACCACCAUGAUCUGCAUCACCAGCAGCUACGAGUGCAUCAUCCUGCCCCUGCUCAGCGCCAUACGCCCGCCCUCGCCUCCACUGAUGUGCACACAGUCCGGCCUGGGCUCGGCCAACUCGCCGCUACGGGGGCUAGCGGGGAACUCUUUCGAUCAACACAUCCGCAACAUCCUGGCUCGGAGCGCCACCAACCCCCUCCUGCUCAAAGCCGGGGACAAGGAGACGUCGCCCUCGCCCCAGGAGUGCCUGCAGCUGCUGAGCCGGGCCACGCAGGUGUUCCGCGAGGAGUACGUCCUGAAGCAGGACUUGGCCCGCGAGGAGCUGCAGAAACGUGUCAAGCUGCUCCAGGACCAGAAGAACAAGCAGCUGGAGGAGAUGGCGCUGUGCCGCCAGGAGAGGAAGACCCUGCGAGAGGCGGCGGAGAGGCUGGCGGACAAGUACGAAGACGCCAAGUACCGCCAGGAGGCCGUCAUGGAGCGCUUGAAGAACGUCCUGGGCAGCACGCAGAGCCGCCUGCCCGUGCUGUCCAACAGCGAGAAGGACAUGAGGAAGGAGCUGCAGGCCAUGGGCGACCAGCUCAAGCAACUGGACAUCUGCAUCAAGCAGGUGAAGAUGAAGAUGGAGUACCAGAAGACGCAGGUGGACAAGGACGCGCCGGCUCCCAGGCCCACCAUCUUGCUCAGCGCCCAGCAGAAGAAGGUGGUCCAGGAGGUCCUGCUGGAGGAGGGACAGAAGAUAGUGUCCAUGAUGAAGAUGGUCAAGGAGAUGUCCUGCCUCAUCGCCAUGAGGAGCUCCGACUUGUACAGCACCUGAGUCCCAAGUGAACCUUUAUACUUCCUGUCAGAAUGAAUACAACUAUUUUUGUUCGCUUUUCAAGUAAACAUUUUGUAAAAAUAAA